AUGAACGCCAACAGUUACCCGGCUGAGCGCAGCAUGAACUUGUCGGCCUUAUCGCCUAAGCGCAGCACCAGCUCGUUUCUUGACAGCAACCACGAGGAAGAUGUUGACACCCUGUCGCCCAACGGCCUUGGUCGCAACCCGUCCGGCCUAGCCCGCAUUACCAAGAAGCCCCAGCCCAGGCUCCUCUAUUCCGAGACAAUAGUGCGAGGUGCUAUGAGAGGAGAGCUUGUCUACACCCCCGCCCUUGAACCUCUCAUGGGCUCCAUUGCCCGCGAUAUGCGAUUGACCAACCAAGUUGCGGGACGUCACUUGGGAUCCAACAUCCACUACUCAAAAAUGAAAGGCAUCUUGAAGCAGUGUCAGGACGAGAUGGUUACCCUGGAGCGAUACCUCUUGUCUGAGGCCUUCAUCCGAACCGACAUCUGGAACACUGUCCGUCUGCAAGAGUUCUUUGAGCUGGUGCACUCCUAUGGCCUGGAGAGGCAGUUCCGAGAUGAGUACUGGGAGAAAAACCAAUCGUCUCACUCGCCCAAGGUCCAGAAGCUUUACGACUGCAUCAAGCGGCCUCUGACACAUCCCGCCUUCGACGACGCUCAUGCUGACCAGAUUGAGAGCUGGGCAAAGGACAUUAUGAGCCGUUCCGUUUUCGUUCCUCGAGCCGACCACCCCGUCAUCCGCAGCGCUGUGGCCAUCAUGAACAUUGCCGAGCAGCAGCCAAUGGAUGACCUGAAAGCCUGGGACAAGCUCCAAGAGGGACCUAAGCGCGUCGCCCAGAUUUGGGCUGCGUGGUGUCUUGCACGCGACAAAAACUGGGUCGAGACCACAUACCUUGCUGUCAUCAUCCUGGAGCGUGGAAGCAAGAACAAGAUGGUUGCCAAAUGCUUCCGUCGCGAAAACAGUGCCUUGCUCAGGCUGGUCGACAACGGCUACGAUAAGGAGGCUUGCCGCCAUUGGCAAGACAUGCACGGCAAGUGUCACGUCAUCUCCAUGCAGGAGCUGCUAUCACGGCCCGUUGUUGUCAACCUUGCCGGUACCUCCGUCGCAUCCUCAACUCAGCAGAAGACGUGUUCCUCCACGGCUUCGUUGCAGAAGACCACCCACACCGCUAAAAAGACUGGCAACAACCUCCCUAAAGUGGUCCCUUCCAAAGGCAAGGAGCUUGCCUCGUCUUCUCGGUACCAACUCGACCCCAUCCGUCAAGCUUCUACCCAGCAGAGCCCGGGCAUCCAAAUUUCGAGCGUUUCCAGACCCACCGGACGAGAUCGCACCCCAGAAGAUCUGGUUUGGAAUCUUCAACCAUUGGACACUUCUCGUCUUGAGAAGGGUCGCACUGACGAGAUGGAACAGCGUCUGGCGACGCAGAGCGAAAAGACGAAUCCCUCCCAGAUUGAUCAACCUCGAGUCAAAAAGCGCAAGACUGUUUCCUUCGGCCUCGACAACCCCCGUCAAGCACAGUCCGAAGUCCAGCGUUGCCCGAGUGCUGCUCCAUCUCCAGCAACCUUCACCGUUCCGGCGACUGCCACCCAUCCUGUCACUUCCGCUCCCCUUGUUGCGGCCAGUCCCGCUCACAAUGCUUCUUUGGCCCCUGCUUCCGUGGCCCCCACUACUUUACCCCCUGCUUCUGUAGCUGCGAUGCCUUCACCUCCCCCCACGCCUACGGAUAUACUCAGCCAAUGGAUGAAUCAGUUGGUCAACCCUACUGAUCUCGCUACCAUGGUCGCCAUGAGGCUCUUCGGCGGCACCUCCGACUUCCCUUGUAAUUCCCAGCCCGUCUUCUCCAAGACGGAGCGUGAAGUCUCAGAGGAAGUCUGGACUAAACUCGAAGCGAAUCUUGAUAAAAAGCUUUCGCUUUUUCUUCGACACCUCGAAACCUUGUCUGACAAUGUCAAGACUCUCGGCGACAAGCAGACUGCCUUUGAGCAGACUAUAAUGAAGAUCAAAGACCAGACGACAGCUCAGGGAGACAAGCAUAUUGCUCACGAGGAGACCGUUAUGAAGAAGAUGGAAAACCUCACCAAGCUCGUCGAGAACCAACAGACUGCUCUCAAGCAGGCUGUUGCUAAGAUGGAUCACCAGCAUACUGUCGUCGGAGAUAAACACACUGCCUUUGAGCUCACUAUUAUGACAAAGAUGGACAACCUGACCCAGUUGGUCCACAUGCUACAGAAGGAUCAGAAAGAGCUCAAGGCCAGGAUCGACGGGGGAGUGAAGAAGCGGGCCAAGUCCACGGCCAACGACAAGACAGCAGACUCCAUCACUUGCGCUCCCUUGGAGACUAUGUCUCCCUCAACCAGAGGAAAGUAUUAG